CUGGCCACACCGCACGCUCGUCUGUGCAAUUCACAUCAACGUGUAUUUGCAUUGUACUUUGCCUUUGGAUACAGUAUUGGAUUUUUUGCAGCGCUUGCUGUGUGCUCGCGGUCUCCUCAGAGACCCAACUAAAGGAUGGUCAGUCAGCAGAAGUGUUGGGAAGCCUUUAUUUUUUCGCUGCCAACCUUUUAAUCGCUCUGGGGCGAAAUAAACCUCGCUGACAGGGAAUUUAGUGCACGUCUUUCUUUCUUUUUUUUCCCCCCUUCCUUCGCUUUCUCUUUCCAAUAUGCAAUUAUUGUGCGCGGAUGGAGGUGACUUCCCUCAGAAUUGAUGCCAAAUACUGAAAAGUGCAAUCUGCGUGUGAGAUUAUCUGCGGAGCUGGGAGAAGUUUGACUGCGCAGCGUCUUGUGUGGAAUGGGCGAUGGAAUGUGCUACAGCUUUGCAAUGAGACGUCUGUGGGUCUGUAUCUUGCUUGUGAGCAUCACCUGCCGUCUGAGCCUCUCCCAGGAUGUAACUGGAACUCCCAAAGAGGCAGAAUUAAAUGACAACAUCACCAUCUUCACACGCAUCCUGGAUGGACUGCUGGAUGGUUAUGACAACAGACUCCGCCCUGGACUGGGAGAAAAGGUGACGGAGAUCAAAACCAACAUCUUCGUCACAAGUUUUGGUCCAGUGUCCGACACUGAGAUGGAAUACACUAUUGACGUGUUCUUCCGCCAAAGUUGGAAAGAUGAGAGACUUUGCUUCAAAGGCCCGAUGGAGAUGCUUCCCCUGAAUAAUCUCCUGGCCAGUAACAUCUGGACGCCCGACACCUUCUUCCUCAACGGGAAGAAAUCCAUCGCCCAUAACAUGACCACACCUAACAAGCUGCUGCGGCUCAAAGACGACGGGACUCUUCUCUAUACCAUGAGACUGACAAUAUCAGCAGAAUGCCCCAUGCAACUGGAGGAUUUCCCCAUGGACGCCCAUGCUUGUCCCCUUAAGUUCGGAAGCUAUGCGUAUCCGGUCUCGGAAGUGGUCUACACGUGGACCCAGGGAGCAGCCAAGUCGGUGGUGGUGGCAGAGGAAGGCUCUCGGCUCAAUCAGUAUCACCUGAUCGGUCAGACCGCGGGGACGGAGGACAUCUACACCAGCCGAGGUCAGUACACCGUGAUGAUGGCUCACUUUUACCUGAAGAGGAAGAUCGGCUACUUUGUCAUCCAGACCUACAUGCCCUGCUUCAUGACCGUGAUUCUGUCCCAGGUUUCCUUUUGGCUCAACCGGGAAUCUGUGCCAGCGCGGACUGUGUUCGGUGUGACCACAGUGCUCACCAUGACCACUCUCAGCAUCAGUGCUCGAAACUCGCUGCCUAAAGUGGCGUAUGCCACGGCCAUGGACUGGUUCAUCGCCGUCUGCUAUGCCUUUGUCUUCUCUGCCCUCAUUGAAUUUGCUACGGUCAAUUAUUUCACAAAGAGGAGCUGGGCCUGGGAUGGAAAAAAGGCGAUGGAGGCCCAACAGCCCAAGAAAAAAGAUCCUCUGGCUCUGUCUAAAAAGCCAAACAACACCUGUUCAGCCGGUGUGAAUUACACGACCAACCUUACAAAGGACACGUCUAUCUCCACCAUUUCAAAUAGCACAGCUGUUCAGCUCAAACCGUCUGAAACCAAGGCCCCAGACCCCAAAAAGACUUACAACAGCGUGAGCAAGAUUGAUAAGAUGUCCAGGAUAGUGUUCCCAGUUCUGUUUGGGACCUUCAACCUGGUGUACUGGGCCACGUAUCUCAAUAGGGAACCCGUGAUCAAAGGAGCUGUGUGAGCUCUGUGAUGAGGGUUCAUCCUCCUGACAACCACUUCAGGAUUUGAUAACUGGAACGCAAUCAAAAACAAUGCCAAGCACUUAGUCCUUGUAUCAUAGAUGUGUUUUUUUAGGUCACUGGGUUACAUUGCAUGUCUGUCGCUUCAGGAAAAUGUUGCCAUGUUUGCCUUGAGUUUGUACAUGUAGGAUUAACAACUUCUCCUUGAAAUUAGUUUAGUUUAUCUCAUUUCAGAACUUAGUCACUGAUUCAUUUCUGCCAACUUUUGGAUUUUUGAAAUGUUAGCAUUUGGCAUUCACAUUUUCUCCUCGAGUCUACAGUAGAUGAUGGUAAAGCAAGGCCAAAUGCUAUGCAAAAAACAACAUUUUUACUGUGUUAAUACUCAAAAAAAAAAAAACGGCUUUUAUCUUUGUAACUCUUACUUUGUACAAAAUGGGCUGGAAGUCCAGGUAUGCGAGGCUGGGCCCUGGCACAUGGAACUUCGCUUCCUUGUUAAAAGCAGAUGAAUAGCCAUGCUAAAUGUGUUGCCUUCAGAGUGUGAUAACUCAUUAUGAAUGCACUGAAAUCUCAUGCAACUACUUUUUCAGAAGCCAGUGUGAAAACGUUCAUUCAAAUGACGACUCUUGUUGAUCUCUGUUUUGUUAUUUUUCUGGAUUCAGAAUGGCCAGUUCCCCAUUAAUACUGUUUUUUCUGUUUGUGUUGAGAUUAAACAGGGACAGAUCUCCAGCUAAAGUGACAGUGGCAGCUUCUGUUCCCAGGUCACCGUGUUAAGGAAUCCUGUAUGUAUGUCUGUUUGUCUGUAUGUAUGACCAUAGUUGAAUAAACAUGUAUAUAUGCCCUGCUUUUAGAAAAGCAUCACUAAGCCAGUAAGGUUAGCUUCUAUGUUAUGCAUAUACAGCAACACAGUGUUACUCUAGUCUAGUGCUUCAUUGACUGGAUAUUGAAAAAAGAGCAGAAAAGCUUGAGCUUUAGCAUUUUUGAAUAUAUAAAGCUUUUUUAAACAUUUUCUUUUUUCAGAUAAGUUCGGUGUUUCCAUAAGCUUUGAUGAUAACUUGAUAAAUAUUUGGAUGCUAUGAGCAGGAUCACUAUUUUUGUCAUAAUUAACUUCUGUCGUUAAGAGACUGACUUGAGCUCAUCAGGUUAUCAAGCUUAACAGAGACAGAAAGUCACAAUGACAAGGUUGUUGAGCAUUUUCAGCAUCGUCAUUUUAAAUCAUGUUACCGUUGCUAUUUUUAGGGUUUUCAGGCAAAAGUGUCAGAUCAGGUAUUAAUAUGAAUUUGUUGUUAAAUAGUGAAGUGCUACCUUAAAAGAAUAAGUUCGACAUUUUGAGAAAUAUGCUUAUUAUGCCAGUAGUUAGAGGAGAAGAUUGAUACCACUCACAUGUCCGUUUAGUACAUAUGAAGCUACUGGUUAGCUUAGCUUAGCAUAAAGACGAGAAGUAAUCAAUUAUACUGCAACUUUUACGGAAAUUAGCUUCUAUGAUUUAUGUCGGUACGAUAAAAUUUGAAGCUGUUGCAAGACAACAGUUAGCUUAGCUUAGCAUAAAGAAAAGAGGGAACAGCUAGCCUUGCUUAGGGGAAAUCCGCCUACCAGCUCGCUAAUUUAACAUCUUGUAUCUCAUUUGUAUUAUACUGUAUGCACUGUACAGUGGCUUCUGAUGACUCCAACAGGCUGUUGCAUUAGUUUGAAAGUUGUAAAGGAGUUACGCAUUAAUUUGAACUUGAAUUAAACAAAGAAAAAGCUGCAUCUUAUAAUCACAACAACAGUUUUUGUAUAAAUUUAGGUUAGGAUGGGCUGUUAAUUAUUGACUUUUAGUUGUGUUGUUAGGUGUGUUUACAGAGCCGGGUUAGCCGUUUCCUCCUGCUGAGAUGCUAAGAUAAGCUAACUGUUGUUGGACCGUAGCUUCAUACAUCUACAGACAUGAGACUGGUAGGUAUUCCUUUAAUGGAGCCCAAUGUAAAACACUUUUAUGGUCACCAUAAGACCAUAAAAAGUCAAGCUUUUUGCAUGAUUCUCACUGCAAAAGGCUGCAUGUACAACAGGUCAGCAGAGUCGGUUCUGCAGUCUUCAUCGUUCUCCCAGAAUUACACUUUAAGCCUCUUGUCUCUAUGAACAGUUUAAAUAUGAGCGUGAUCUACUCAUGUGACUUUAUGCCUUCUGUGUGGCCUGCCACUAUUUAAUAUGUUUAUGGAGCACACCAGUUGUAUUGCAUUAUUAUUACAUUUAAGUGAAUUUUAGGUCCAGCCUGUUCUUUAAAUGCAAAUAUCUGAAGCAAUAAAUAAUGCUCAUAUGAAUAAUGGUUAUGGUAAUAUGUUUGAAUCAUUUGGCCUUCAUUUUGUUGAUGUCUUUAUCCAGAUGUUAUCCCUUU